AUGGCGGAUGACAGUGAGCCCCCGAGUGGGCCUGAAUCCUGCCACGGAGCCGUGCAGCAGCGCCCCGGAUACGGCUGGCGGCCCAGUCUACUCUACAGUCAGCACUUCGGUCUCCCUCCCGUCCUGGACUCCAGGGACCUGCUGUGGCUGGAGAGCGUGGUCAGGAAGCUGGGGGACUCCUCCUGGCCCGGCUAUGCCAGGGCCUCCGCGCUGGCACCCCCCGCCGACCAGCCAGGCUCAAAGGUUCACAGGGAGAUGGGCGGAGGCCUGUCGGAGGUGUAUGACCAACACGGCAAGUGGAAAGUCAGCCUGGACGUGAAUCAUUUUGCACCCUCGGAAAUUGCAGUGAAGAUGGAGGGUGGUUUCCUGGAAAUCACAGGAAAACAUGAUGAAAGACAAGAUGCACAUGGCUACAUUUCUAGAUGUUUCAUAAGGAAAUACAAGCUUCCUGUUGGAGUGGAUGCAGAAACUAUACAGUCCUUCCUGUCUGGAGAUGGAAUUCUCAGUGUGGAAGCCUCAUUCCCUGACAUUCCGAAGCCCGCUGAUGUCGUAAUUCCAGUCCAGGUGAAGACAGAGGCACCGGUCCCCCAGGGCGAACCACAAGAUGACCUUGCAGGAGAAGGGUGUGCCCUGGGGCAAGGGCUCCCAGCAGGAGGGAAAGAGGCAGCCCGAGAGAAGCCCGGGGGCGAGUCUGCGUCCGGGCAGAGCGAAGCCGACGAUGAGGUUCAUCGUGCAGUUGACCUGCCUGCUGUUGCCCCGGAUCAAAGCAGCACAGAGGCAGGAGAGGCGCCUGCCCUGGGCCUUGCUGAGGGCCCACAGGAAGGCGAUGGGGAGCAGAGAGGGGCGAAGCAGGUGGAGGCAGGGGUGGAGGGAAAGCAAGAAGGUGCAGAAGAAGGACUUGAGAACGCAGAGGCAGCUGACAUGGGUGCCGUGGAGGGUCUAAAGGAACCUGAUGCUCCUCCUACUCUGGAGAAAACUGGAACUCCUCUCACUUCAGAACAGAGUGAAGCUCUUCAAACUCCAGAGCAACCUGAGGCUUCUCCUAUUCCAGAAGAAACUGGAGUUCCUCAAACUCCAGAGCAAACUGAGGGUCCUUCCACUCCAGACACCAUAACAUUUGAUCAGGAGGAGCAUGCCGAGUUGGAGCAGGUUAGAGAGCUCCAGGAACCUGCAGAGGAAAGAGAAAUGCAGCAUGUCGAGGAAGAGCACGAGCACCUCACCACUCAGGAGGUCAUGGAAGAGGUUCCUCCACUAGUGGAUGUCCAGGAGGAGCUGCUGGCAAAGAAACUGGAGACAACCAAAUAG